AUGUUUAUUGACGAAAGCAUCUGCUUGUUACAAAUCAUGGGCAAUUGGACUAGUUGUUGCUCAUACAGCAGCCCCCUGUCUAGGCGCAAGGACGCCAACGGAGCUAUUAAUGAAUUCACGCAAGAGGGUGAGGAGAGUGUUGGGAACUUACAACACAUUAGUGAACGCGAACAUGACGACUGGAACACUGACCCAUCUGUUCAUCCGAAAGUUGCAACAAUAUUUUUAGAAAGAUCAAAAGUUGAAAAUGGUUUAACAAGAAAACAAAGUCAGUCUCAGAUUGUAGACUUCAGAUCUCUAAAAAAAAGUAGUUCAUGUUCAACUAUAUAUUUAGAUGAUAGUACAGUAUCUCAACCAAAUCUAAAAAAUACAGUAAAAUGUGUAGCACUUGCAAUCUACUAUCAUAUAAAAAAUAGAACUUCUGAAAGACAAAUUGAAAUUUUUGAUGAAAAAUUACACCCCUUAACUAGAGAUAGAGUACCUGAUAAUUAUGAUGUUCAUAGUCCAGAGCAUCGUCAUAUAUAUAAAUUUGUUCGAACAUUAUUUAAUGCUGCACAAUUAACUGCUGAAUGUGCUAUUAUAACAUUAGUUUAUUUAGAAAGGUUGUUAACUUAUGCAGAAGUUGAUAUAACACCUGCCAAUUGGAAGAGAAUUGUUCUUGGGGCAAUUUUGUUGGCUUCAAAAGUAUGGGAUGAUCAAGCUGUAUGGAAUGUAGAUUAUUGUCAAAUUCUUAAAGAUAUAACAGUAGAAGAUAUGUAUGUACAAUUUGUAUUAAUAUUUUUAACUUUGUGUUCUAAAACAUAA